GGUUUGGUGACGUCCAACAAUCGACUUGGUCUGAAGUCUGCGGGACAGGCCUACAGACACUUUUUAUGUUGUUCUUGCGCCUACUUUUUUUGCUCGAUGCCGUGAUUUCGGCACUCGUCUUGGCCGAAUAUGAGCCGAUGAACGUCUUUGCCCCGCGAUUGGAGGGAAAAACGUUCGCGAAGGUUCGCCACCUAGCCGGAAAGAAGCUACUGCUAGCUGCCGAGUGUGGAAGGAAGUGAGGAGCGGAAAAAAAAAAUGACAUCUCGGAGGUGGUUUCACCCCAACAUCACGGGCGUGGAGGCGGAAAACCUGCUGCUGACUCGCGGCGUGGACGGCAGCUUUUUAGCGAGACCCAGCAAGAGUAACCCCGGAGACUUCACCCUGUCAGUGCGGCGGAACGGCGCCGUCACCCACAUCAAGAUCCAGAACACGGGCGACUACUAUGACCUGUACGGCGGCGAGAAGUUUGCCACGCUGGCUGAGCUGGUGCAGUACUACAUGGAGCACCACGGGCAGCUCAAGGAGAAGAACGGCGACGUCAUCGAGCUCAAGUAUCCGCUCAACUGCGCCGACCCGACGUCGGAGAGAUGGUUCCACGGACACCUAUCGGGUCGCGAGGCCGAGAAGCUUUUGACGGAAAAAGGCAAGAACGGCAGCUUCCUGGUGCGGGAGAGCCAGAGCCACCCAGGAGACUUCGUGCUGUCGGUGCGCACGGGCGACGACAAGACGGACAGCAGCGACAGCAAGCCCAAAGUCACGCACGUCAUGAUCCGAUGCCAGCACGACCUGAAGUACGAUGUGGGCGGUGGCGAGAAGUUUGACUCCCUCACUGACCUGGUGGAGCACUACAAGAAGAACCCCAUGGUGGAGACCCUCGGCACCGUGCUGCAGCUCAAGCAGCCCCUCAACACCACUCGCAUCAACGCAGCAGAGAUCGAAAGUCGAGUGCGGGAGCUGAGCAAACUGGCGGAGGCCACAGAUAAAGUCAAGCAAGGUUUUUGGGAGGAGUUUGAGACCUUGCAGCAGCAGGAGUGCAAGCUGCUGUACAGCCGCAAAGAGGGCCAGAGGGCCGAGAACAAGAACAAGAACCGAUACAAGAACAUUCUGCCUUUCGACCACACACGGGUGGUCCUGACGGACGGAGACCCCAACGAGCCGGGAUCCGACUACAUCAACGCCAAUAUCAUCAUGGUAGUAUCCCCUAGCGUGCCCGACCAGGACAACAAGUGCAACAGCGCCAAGCUGAGGAAGUCGUACAUCGCCACUCAGGGCUGCCUGCAGAACACCAUCAGCGACUUCUGGAGGAUGGUCUUCCAGGAGAACUCGCGGGUCAUUGUCAUGACCACCAAGGAGGUCGAGAGGGGGAAGAGUAAAUGUGUGAAGUACUGGCCCGACAUGUCGGCUCUGAAGGAAUACGGCGCCAUGCGGGUUCGCAACGUCCGAGAGACGGCGGCGCACGACUACAUCCUCAGAGAACUCAAACUCUCCAAAGUGGGACAGGGCAACACGGAGCGCACGGUGUGGCAGUACCACUUCAGGGCCUGGCCCGACCACGGCGUCCCCACGGACCCCGGCGGCGUUCUGGACUUCUUGGAGGAGGUCAACCUGAAGCAGGAGGGCAUCUUGGACGCCGGGCCCAUCGCCGUUCACUGCAGUGCAGGGAUCGGACGGACGGGGACCUUCAUCGUCAUCGACAUCCUCAUCGACAUCAUCCGAGAAAAAGGCGUGGACUGCGACAUCGACGUUCCCAAGAGCAUCCAGAUGGUGCGUUCCCAGCGCUCUGGAAUGGUUCAGACGGAGGCUCAGUACCGCUUCAUCUACAUGGCCGUGCAACACUACAUAGAGACGCUGCAGCGGCGGAUCGUGGAGGAGCAGAAAAGUAAGAUCAAAGGUCGCGAGUACACCAACAUCAAGUAUUCUCUGUCAGACCUGACGGGUGGCGAGCAGAGUCCGCUUCCUCCGUGCACGCCGCUGCCCACGCCCACCUGCGCAGAGAUGCGUGAGGACAACUCCCGAGUGUACGAGAACGUCGGCCUGAUGCAGCAGCAGAAGAGCUUCAGAUGAGAUCGGCCAUGAUUCCACGACCCCUUGACGCCUGACCGUUUCUUCGCCAGCCUCACCGCGCCGCUGACAACGGGACAUCACCAACCACAGUAAAACAACAGAAGACGAAAGAAAGCGAAAGAAAGAAAGAGAGAGAGGGAUGGGAAGCUUUUUGGCCCUCCGGUCCAACCCCCGAACCACUGUGAUGCUCACGCCGGCCACCGAGCGGCGCCAAAUCCCCAUCGACCAAACCUGACCAGUUAGCGUUUAAUCAGUUAGCCAACCCCCAUUCUUUUUUUCUUUUCUUUUCUUUUUUUUUUUAGCUAAAGCAACACUUGUCGAUUGUUUGUAGGGUUAGCAGAGAAAGUUGUGCCAAACGUCAGACAUUCUGACGAUUGGCAGAAGAUUGGACUCGUGACCUUGCCGCAACUGCCUUGAACACAAAACCCGCGUCCUCAUGUUCACGCCGUCUCCGCCGAACGUCCAUUCACGUGGCGUUUGCGGGCCUCGUCUGAUUGGCUGCGGCUGUUGUCCAGUCAGACACGAAAUGUUCAUUUUUAAGUGCAUAAUUAUACGCUACGCUUAAAAAGUUUGGGAUAUUGGGCUUUGGAGUGAAAUCUUCAGGACUCAAAAUAGGGCCUGACCAAUUAAUCGGCGGAUAUUAACCCUUUUCAAAUCGGCAAAAUAUGUCAGAUUCCCAACCAACCCCCCCCCCCACCCCGUUUAUUUAUUUAUUUUUAUUUUUUUUAAAUGCGCAUUGACACAUUAUAACGUCAGACAAAGAAAAUGAGAUUCAAACAAACAUUCCCCCCCAAAUAAAUCUGUCGAAAUCAACCCAAAAAUCGGCCAACGAUAAUGACGUUCAAACAAACAACAAUGCCAAGUUUGCUGUAACUUUCAGUGUUUUUAUAUAUAUAUAUAUAUAUAUAUAUAUUUCUUUUUAAAUUAAUGGUCUGAAUAAUCUGUAGUCGGAAUGGAUUAUAUAUAUAUAUAUAUAUAUAUAUAUAUAUGUUUUUUAAUCGGCUGAAUAAUCUCUCGUCGGAAUUUUACUCUGCCAACUAUCGGAAUUGGCAUCGGCCUCAAAAACAUUCCAUAUGGGUCGGGCGUAGCUCAACCACCGGUUGUUAAUGUUGCCUGGUUACAAAACAUCAAGUUGUGCAAAAUGUACUGAAACAUUUGGACCUGUGUUUAAAAGUUCACACAAGGUCAAAUGAAGUUCACGUGGACUUUAGGCUCAUCCUGACAUUUCACCCCAAAGCGCAACAUGGCAAACUUUUUGUGAGUAGUGUAUGUUGUCUUUCUUGUUUUUUUUUAAAUCUAACGAAUUGCCUUGCGCGUACCGUUGCCUCUGCCGCCACGUGGUCGCCAAAGGUGACGAGAAGCCCGAUAUUGCUGCCCCUUAGCUUAGCUUUGCUUAGCUUAGCAUAGCAUACAGUCAGUGAGUCUUCUAACUCCGGCAGCCACUGGCUAAGGAAAAUGCGCUACGUUGCAACACUAUCGUUAACACUCGAAACACUAUGACAAAAGGAAGCACAUACUGUAGCUCCGAAAGAAAAUGCCAUUUGGUUCCAUGGCUCACUGUUGCCCCCUGAAGAGCUUGCUGGUUUUACAAGAUAUUGUCAGGCCACAAACAAAAAUACAUGGUAAGAGCGCUACUUUGACUUCAAAGUUUUCAAUUGUUCCCUGACUGAGCUUGUCACUGAAUUUACUCGUGAGCCCAAAUUGUUGUGGUGUUCUCAAGCGUUUGAGCGUUUGAUUUGAUAUCCAUUUUAAGGUCCAUGUACUAUUAUGCUCUUGGUCCUCGCGAGUCAGAAAAUUCAGCGCAUUAGAGCAUGACAAUCGUACUCAUUUAUUUCUUUUUCGCCACGACUAAUGCCACUUUUUGUGACUGUGCUGCACGAGUAGUACUCAAGGUCCAACUAGUAGGCAUGUGUCACAUACUAGUAGCAUCCUGGACCCUACUAGUAUUGCGAAAAGGCCCACUAGCAGUUUCCCUCAUAUUUCUGACAUGUGGCUGUUCUACUAGUAUGCCACAGUUAAAACAAUACUACAUUGUUAACAUUCAGUAGUGGUACUAGUUGCAAAAGAUGUCAUCAGUGGGCAAUUUACGAUGAAGAUGUAGCAAAGUACGACGACUGCUUUCUAAAUGAAACUCAUAAACUCACCUCAACAUAGUUCCUUGGCACCAAGAUGCCCAAAAUGGUGGCAAAGCACUACUUUUACCUAAAUGUAGCGCCUCAACUCACUUAAACAGUUUGUUGGCAUUAAGAUAGCGCCAAAGCAUAACUUUUGUCUAAGUGAAGCUCCUCAACUCACUUCAACAUAGUUUCUAUUCAGCAAGAUGCUCCAAGUUGGCACAAAAGCACUACUUUUGUCUAAAUGAAGCGCGUCAACACACUUAAACAUAGUUCCUUGGCACCAAGAUGGUGACAAAGCACUACUUUUGUCUAAAUGAAGCUCCUCAACUCACUUCAAGAUAGUUUUGUUGACAUUAAAAUGCCACAAGAUGGUCCCAAAGCACUACUUUUGUCUAAAUGAAACUUGUCAACUCACUUUAACAUAGUUCCUUGGCCACAAGAUGGCGCCAAAGCCAUACUUUUACCACAAACUGAGCAGGCGAAAGGUUUCUCCCUAGCGUGUGUUCUUCAUUGUUCCUUUAUCCAGAAUGUUUUAUCACAAAGUGAACAAGCAAAAGGUUCAAUGCUUUUAUUACUUAGUUCUACUAGUGCGCCAAAUUGUCGUACUUGUGCAUGCUGGUACAUGGACGUUAAGAUAGUUAUCGAGGAUAUCGUCUGAAUCCUCAAACGACUUUGCUUGAGAAGGCUCGCAAAUUUGGCCCGUGACGUGAACAACUCGCACGCCGGCCACGGUGCCGCGGCAUCCCUUUACGGCCUUGAUGCUAAGCUAAGGCGCGCUAUCGCUCUUCUCGUCCGUGUCGUCAUCCGCUCAUUCUUCAAACGCGGCCUGGCGAUUUCCUCACUUGGCCUUCGUACCGCGCAGCCGAGAACAGGAAGCGGCGGCGGCGCUUCUCCUCGAGCGGCCGCGCCGGGCUCCGUCCGCAUUCACCGUGAUACCACGCGGCAACUCACGGACGUGCCUUCCGCGCCGUCACGUGACAGCGGCCGCACCGUUCUUUAACACUCGAAUGUGACUCUUUGACGCCGGGGGGGGGGAAAAAAAAUAAAAAAAUCUAUUUUUGAAGGUGUAUAUUGUACAUGAGCAGAAUGUACUUACAAAAAAAAUAACAUAUCUACUUGCCAAUAAGAUAAAGUGUAUGUAUAUGCAUAGUGUUCUCUCUUGACACACACACGACUAACAAGAGAGUUUAUUAUAAAGAUUAAAAAAAAGCAACAAAAAAAUUGCAGUUAACCACGUUAACGUCCUCACGAAGAAUAAAUGGCGAGCUCAUGCCUCAUUUCA